AUGGCAAAUUACAAGAAAAUUGGCAUUCCUGAUCCACCUAAUCUUGAAAUGACAUGCCAAGCGAUUAAAGCCCGACAAACCUUUAGCUAUAUUAUCUAUCCAGAAGAGGCGCACUUUCCUAUCGCCUUCGUAAAGGUGGUGUACACGGUAAAAAAUUUAUUAAUUAUUUAGCUUUUUAGGCUUAAACACAAGUUUACUUUAAUAGUUUUAUUAAUGUUUGUUAUUUUUUGGUAAUUUUAAGUUGAUUUUAGGCUUUAAAACAGAAUGCCAAUUUUGGCGGGAAAAAGACAAUUUAAAAUUUAAUUUAAAAUUGAGUCUAUUUUUUACAAAAAGUGCAUUUUCAAUACCUUCUAUGGUAAUGAAAUUUAAUUUUAGCCUAUUUUUGACAUUUAAAACAUAAUGCCAAGUUGGCGGGAAAAAUUAAGUUUAAAAUUUUUAAAAAAAUUGAUAAGAUUUUAAUUGAAAACCGCAUUUUUAAUGACCAGUAUAGUCAUGAAACUUAAAUUUAGUCUAUUUCUGACAUUUGAAACACAAUGCCAAAGUAGGCGGAAAAUUGAAAAUUUGAAUUUUUACUUGGAAUUGUCAUGAUUUUGCUCCACAGUUAAAAAUAUUAGGUUUAAAAAAACCAAGGAAAGUUGCUGAAAGUUUCAUUUUAAGUACUAACAACAUUACUUUUAGAACUAUUUAACGUUGGAAUCAGAAUUGGCUACCAAUUUCAACCCAAACAACAUUUAUAUGUUUGUGAUGGACAAGAAAGCACCAAAAAUGUUUCAGUACCGUAUGAGGCAGUUGUCUAAUUGUUUUGUAAAUGUGUUGGUAUCAGAAAAGACGUUUGAUUUGAAGUCUUCUGGCUAUAACAUUGUUUUGGCACAAUAUCACUGCUUAAAGCUGUUGUUGGAGCACAAAUGGAAGUACGUCGUGAUUCUGGAGGUAAAUUUUAAAUCUUUGAUGUAUUUACUGUAGUUUUUUAUAGUUUUAUAAUUUUUAGGAUUUUUUAGAAGGCUGUAGUGUGCUAUAGCAGUUGAUGCUACAUUAUAUAGUUAAUACCACAUUUUAUUAUUAUUAUAUUAUGAUGCCCGUUCCAGAACGAUGACAUAAUGAUUAAAACAAACCAAGAGGUGGUAAAGAUACUACAUGCAUUUAAUGGUACUAAUGAUGUUGGUACUGUUAACUUGGGACAUUUGCAUGUGUCUAGAAAGAUGUUUGCAUUGAUGACUGAUUGGAGUUUGAAAAGUCUUGGUAUUCAUCCUACGUGUAAGUUAAUACAUGCUUGUCAUUGCAAGAAACUUUUAAACAAAAUCCACUUUAAAAGACCUAUUUUAAAAUUUAAAAUGAAAUAGUACAGUAAUUUUCAUAUAAUAGCUUUAAAAAAUGGUUAAAAAUUUGAAUAUCAAUUUUUCCUGCCAAAUCUUGGCAUGUUGUUUUAAGUUUAAAACUGGUGUUUAUAAUAAUUUUUUUCUUGGUUGUACUAUAUUUUGUAGUUUGGAAUUAGUUUAUAAGGAGUUUUGCACCUAAACUUUUAUAAAAAAUUUAAAUUUUUGUUUUUCCGCCAAAAGCUGGCAUUAUGUUUUAAGGUAAAGUCGUGGUUGGAUCUCAUUUUGCCCUAAAUAUUCGCUCUUAGUACAUUUUAGUCGAUUUUGCAUGUAUAACUAAAUAAAAUGUACAUUCUGUGAUACUAGUCAAGAAAAUUUGAAUUUUGGUUUUCCCGCCAAAUAUUGAAAUUUUGUUUUUGGCCUAAAAUUGGUAAAAUAAGAAGAAAGAGUAGUUAAAGUUAGGUUUUGAACUUAAGAUUAAUUCAGAUUGUUGCUUUUUAUAACAAAUAUGGCUUUUUUAGUACCAGAAGCCUAUCAAAACCAAAGUUUGGUCAUUUCAAAGUCAAUUUCUCAAGCUACUUUGUCCUUCGAAGCCGUGUAUCACAUGUUUAACGUAGGUUUUAUGACUAAACUUUGUGUUUUGUAAUUAGCCAGUAUCAUUACAUUGUUUGAAGCCUUAUUUUUGAAUUUUAUUUACGGUUCUUGUUUAGGUACUGAACUUAACAACCUUUUUGGACACAGUUAAUGGCCAUAACUUUGAACAUGAACUAGCGACCAGCACUUUGAACGCAAAUGAAAUUCUCGGGAUUCCUGGAGGUUUUACGACAAAAUGCUUGUUUGAAAACCCAUUUGGAGCUACUACAAGGUAAAAAUUUAUUUUUAUUGUAAAUUGCUAGAUUUUAAAACAAUUUUUUGAAAAGAAAUUUUAUUUUUAAAAAUUUUUUAAGCUCAAAAAUUAUUUUUAGAUGUUUUAUGAGUGUAAUAAUAUACCGGGAUACGCCAAAUAGUACUAAUUUUCUGUUUUUGGUACAAUUUUGGCCGUUUGUUUUUGUGGCGCAGUGGUAGUGAUUUUAACUUGUAAACUUAAGUGGUGGGUUCGAAUCCGGUUCGGCGCAAAGGUUAAGAUUGGUUUUAUGGCCGUUUUUCUAAAUGUUUUGUUAUUUAAAAUAUUUUUUAAUAUAGGUAAUCCAAUUUUAAAGAUUUUUGGUAACAAAAUUUUCUUUAUUUAGUUUUUUUUAUAAAAACAAUUGGAUCAAACGAUAGAUCUUGACAAAAAAAGGCUAAAACGGGGAAAAAGAUACUCUAAAACCCUGUAAAACAACAAAAAUUUUUAAAAAAUUAGUUGAUAAAUUAAGCCUAAUCUAUAUUUAUCAUUGUCAGGUUUUCCAAAUGGUCGUUCGACCCAAAAGUCAGGAAACAUUGCCUUAGCGGCAACAUCCGUCACGGUAUUUGCAUAUUGGGUAUGUGGGAUAUGGAAUUUUUGACCCAACUCAACACCUUUACCGUUAAUAAAAUGCUACAAAACUUUGAUUUUGGUGGUAUCGAGUGUUGGCAUGAGUACAUUUGGAAUCGGCAGCACGUGACAAGGGAGAUCGAUUUGGAUAUGGCAUUUUACGAAAAUCUGCCUGAAGUUCGAUGGAAUCGGCUCAAAAGUGCCGGGAAAUUAAAGGAAUUUACUUGUAAAACUUAUUUUUAA